AUGACUUCAACAACGAACCAAUACGGCGAACUCGCCACACAGCUGGUCACGGAAUCCCGCCGAUCGACUCUCACAGACAACUUGCUCAAGUACAACGACCCGCUCGUUCGAUCCAUCGUUCGCGAACAGCGUCAGCUCGAGCAAAGCAUCGCGAACGCUCUGGCUGAAUCCUCACAGCUCGACGAAGAGAACGCGAAGCUCGAUGGGGAAGAUCCUCACACUCCCGCCCUCCUCAUCUUCCAGACCGCGAUUGAGCGCAACAAGCGCUGCCUGCUCGCGUACCACCAACAUCGUUUAGACCGUUUGCGCGACAUGUACUGGUCCGCGGGAGGAUCCCUGCCACAUCUUCUGUCCUCUGCAGAUACACGUGCCAAACUCUCGCCACACGAGGUCGACUUCCUCAAGGCGUACAACGCGUCCGUCAUGGACUUCCGUGGCGCGUUCAGCGACGAGUUGGACAUCACGGCCAACAUCAUGAGCGUUCCAAAGGAUCUACACGUGCUCGUGCGGGUUGUGAAGGAUUGCGGGGUGAUUCAGACCGAGCUUGGGGCUAUCGACUUCAAGAGGGGGCAGCGGUUCAUGGUGCGGAGGGCGGACAUCGAACACUUGAUAGUGCAAGGAUAUCUCGAAGAAGUGUGA